CCAUGUAGCUCCUGGGUUUAGAACUCUCUGGAAGCAGGGACUUCUAAAAUGGCUCAACCCAGACCUUGUGUUCAGCCCAGGCUACUCUGCUCCCUCUGAGCCCAGGGAACCACAUCUGAAACUUCCUGGAUCACCGGCUCCUUGGGGCAGCCUGGGUAUCGGCGAAGGAAGGGCCUGAUGAGCUCUUCUGGCUGGGAUUUCAGGGGCCUGGGGAAGAUCCUGCCUUUGCCAAGACACUCCUUUCUCCUUCCAGAUGCUGCCCUAGUUCAGAUAUGUGAUGCCCCACCAUUAAAGAUUCCUUCCCUGGAUGAAGGACGGGCUUCUAUUGAACUACCACUCCUUUGUGGGAAAGACGCACUUCAAGCUGCCAGCAUUCUUUUGUCCUUUAAUACCUUCCAAGCAACAGUUCCCAGAAGCCAUGACAUGUCCCUGCAGCUGGAGGCCUUCCAGGGAGGGCCCUAGAGGCCUCCUGGGUCCAGUGUUGCCUACGGAGGAAGGAAGAGAAAGAUUGGACCCCAGGUCGGGGAAAGAGCCAAAAGACUCAAAGGGGAGGGCACCAUCUGACUCCACACAAGGGCAUAGCCCCCUCACUCAGAUCCAGAUUCCAAUCCAGGAUCACAAAUUGCCUAUAUAUGGAGUUCCAUGGAUCGUGGUGAAGUCACUUUGGUGGCUGAACGACUAGACAUCUUGAAUCUGCCAGCAAGACAAUUUCCCAUGAGAGACUCCAGGAUUAGAAGUCACUUCCUUCAAUAAUGUGGACAGCACCGUGCAGCAUUUACCUAAUCACAAAACGAAGAUUUAAACUGGGUAUUUUCAUUUCAUUUAGGAUCUGGAGGCCAUACUCCUUUUUUACGUUUUCUGAUGUUGUAAAAUCAGGUUUGAAUCCAGAGAACUAAUAAACCUUGUUUUAUUUCUGUAACUUUUUGGAGGGACUGACCCCAAAUCAGAGCUCCAAUUAGUAGUUUACAUAGAUAUUCAUUAUUAGUUUGUGCCUUCUCCCCACCCAAUUUCCAUUCUCCUCUGUAAAAAAGCCGUCAUUACACAAAAUGUCUAGAUAUUUUGUAACAUUUGCUCCAUUUAUUUAUAAUGAUCAGUUCAGACCAAUAUUUAAUUCCAAUUUAGCCAGUUUUAAGAUGUGCUUUAUCUUUGGAUGAUUAGAGGCACUGUGUUUGAUACCAGAAUAUUGACGGCCUAAUAUUUUGCUAAGGGGGCAGGAAGAGGGAAGGACACUUACAUUUAUGAAAUGCCUUUAAUGUGCCAUCCCCUUUAUGUGCAUUAUCACCUUCACUCAAUGCAAAGAUCUGGUGCAGCCUGCACUAUGGCCUGUUGUAUAGAUGAGGAAAGCGGGACAGGGAGUCUGAUACUCUGGCUGAAGGUCGCAGGGUCAGAAGCCAUAGCUCACUGUCCACCCUACAUGCUGCCUUCUGGAAAAUGACCACAGGCCGGGGCUUCCCGGAUUCUUCAUAAGCCUGAGCAAAUAAGUGCUUUAUCCAAUUCUCCACCAAACUCACAUUAAUUACAUUUACGCAAACUGUAGGAAGCUUUUGUUCUGAUAACACCUUUACUGUAAUCCGAUAAUGUCCAGUGCAUGGGUUUUAUCCUUAGCUUUGGUCUCAGUUCAUUUCAUUGAACAGAAGGAUGACCCCAAGAAAAUGAGUGGUCUCCAGGGAGAAAUUCUUAAGAUAAAAUUAAAAGACACAAGGAACCUCUUAAAUAUUGCCAGCAUUUAUAAUUUAUAAUUGUCAUGUUUAUUCAAUAUCAGAAAAGUGCAAAAGGUGAUCUUCGUAAAACAUUGCAAUUUUCUUGACCCCAUCUCCACCAAAUAAAAUAUAUGGUGUGGUAUAAGUUUAAUCUCAUAUAAUUAAACAGUAUUAAUUUUGCAAAACCAAAAAGGCUUUUAAACCUGCAUUAAUCAUCCUUUUAGAAGAAAAUAAGCAAGAUUUCUCUCUCGUUAUGUUGUUACCUACUAAUUAAUAGGAUGAAUCAAAUUUCCCUGUUUCUUUAGAUUUGCAUGAGCUUAAAAUACUCUUUUAUCUACAUUAGGUAGAAUGUCAAAACUAGGUUUUGGAUUAUUUUAAAGCUUGGUAAGAUCACAAGGCUUUCCUGAAAAUAUGUCUUAUCUUGACAAUGCAUUAAACCUUCAGAAAAGUUUAAUUAACAAAUGUCAGAAUGUGUUUCUUCUAAAAAAGUGAUAUAUUAACAAUUUGUUCCUAUCUCCUGGGUCUAGCAACAUCUUAACCCUUAAA